GAUUUGCUUGCUCUGAUUGACUGUGAACGACCAAGUUUGUCUCUGUAGCUCUAGCGGAAGAGUCGAAGAUUUUGUCUGAUCCGAUACAAGCACGGGCGAGAAAGAAUAUCUCGCACUCAUGGUGCAAAGCGCGAAAAAUUCAGAACUCCCCAAGCACCAAGUUUCAGAAACGACUGAUCCUGCUACUCGGGAAGAGUCUUUUUCGACGAGCACAAAGGGUGCUGCUGGAGAUUCCCUCCAUGAACAGUCUCUUGAUAGUCUAAAGGCUCCGUCGGAAAAAAUUGUAGCGGAUGACGUUACUGAGGACGAACAAGACGACGGAGACAACGCAAGUUUACACUCACCAACGCCGCCAGAACUGUUAAUGCUGGAUGAUAUGGAGGGCGACGUCGAAGAUGAAGAUUCACUUAUGGACCCAGAGGAUUCCUUGCCAUUAAUGUAUUAUACGCGCUUGCUCGAGCAACUGCCCCGACAGUCGGUGCCACAGUCCGAAGACCAAAUGAGCACCGUUGCUCCGCUCGCGACCGACUGCACGUGUUCGGCAAUGGGAAAAGUGAUCUUGUCGUCGGAGACGACCUUGGCAGUCCCAGAUGUUUCCAACGAAACGCUCCCCCGAACUGAGAGUUCCAGUAGUCCCAACGAGUCCCGCAAUGUUCCAGUUUCUGCAGACUUGUGGCAAGCUCAACCGAUUUAUUUGACCGCCCUCGGAUUUCAAGACGGCAGUGUCUAUAUUGUGGACAGCCAGAAUGGGACCACCGUCGCGGGCCACGACCAGCUGUACCUUCACGAAAUCACUGCAUCUUCAACAAACAUUAUGUCUGGUACUGGAAGCCAUAAAAAAAGAGAUGCGGUAGUGGCACUCAGUUGGGAUUCGACUGGCACUGUCCUUUCUGCCAUUGAUGCGGUUGGGAUGUGUGCCGUAUGGGAAAUUCGAUAUCAAAUUCAAAUGCAGUCCAGCGUGAUCCCUCCCACCAUAUCAACUGCCACAGCUACGCCAGCCACACGCGAAACAUCUUCCAACAUGUUUCGUACUCUCAUGUCCGCCUGGACAGGAGGAAAUGAAGCCAGAAACACGUCCGAAGCUCCAAGCAUUCUAGGAAGUGUUCCCACGUUAACCGUCGCUUCUAUUCAGGCCCACCGCGUGAGCUAUCCCAAGUCGUUUGGCGUGCCGACCCAGCUCGCAUUAGACCCGUCGUACAAACGCCGCCGCGAAAAAGGUCUCCUAGUUGGCUUUACCGAUGGACGUCUCGUAUUGACUAAACGUGGAUUCGUUUUCCAACGUCGUAGUGAUUCCGUCUUAUAUCAAGGGACCGAUGGACCCGUGCAGGCUUUGACUUGGCGGGCAAACGUAGUAGCUUGGGCCGACAAUUCCGGCGUCCGUUUACUGGAUGCGGAAUCGUGGAGCCGGAUUGCCCACGUAGAUCGGCCGGCCGGAGCUAGACCGACGUUGUAUCCAACCUUGUGCGAUUUACAACCCACAAUAGUGUGGGAAACUUCGCGACGACUGCUUGUUGCAUGGGGCGAUUGUCUCUUGACCUUGUUGGUGCGGGAAAGCAAAGUGACAUCACCUGUAUCCGCCAAUAGCACGGCUUCGGAUGGCAAUACCAAUAUUAAUACUAUGAGUGGGGCCCCAGCAGUUGUCAUUCGGCGAACGGUUGAAUGCACUAUGGCGUGGGCGUUGGAGUGUGUGGCGUGUGGCGUUGCGCCGCUGGAUGCCGAACAUGUGGUCGUUUUGGGGCUAGUACCGCCUCAAGAUUUUGAUGUUGUUUCCGAGACCACCCAAGCCAAUGCUCGUAAUGAAAUUGAACUUCAGAUCAUUUCACGCACAGACGGAGUUGUGGUAUACUCGGAUUUGCUUCCAUUAAUGCGCAAAUCAUCUAAAAACGGAUACCGACGAGCGAAACCAGCUGAAUCGGCGGCACCGUAUUGCUUACUAUCUAGCUUUGCGGUUCCCCGAAUGGAAAACACUUUUGAGUUUCAGAAUGACGAACCAGGCGAUGUGGGCAUUGACCAGCAAAUCAAUCCGUCGCUAUUUAGCGCACCGGAAAUCCCGCGAAAAAUCUUUCGGGAUUCUCAUUUAAGGUGGAAUCUCAGCAUGAUUGAAUUCGAGGAAGCCACUAACUAUAAGUCCACAGUCGGUACGCAAGGACGUGAGAAACAUUUGGUCAUCGACGAUGUUGCCCAUGACGCAACUAGCGUUGAUAGCGAUGAUUACGGUUGUGUAAUAGAGCCACUCUCCAAAAUGGAAGAAACAGAACAGCUGCUUGCUUCAGUUUCACCUCCAGUAAUGAUAGUUACGGCGGGAUCGGACGUUGUGUCGGUGCGGAUGCGAGACGUCGAUGAUGCGAUCUCAAGCGCAUUGUUAAUGAGAAAGGCAGGACUCGCUCUUCGGACAGGCUUGAAAUACAUUCGUCGACUUCAAAAAUACGAGAUUGAGGACCUUGUUGACGAAUACUUUGCUGCUGUUCUUCGAUUACCUCGGGAGCAGGGUUUGAUGUCUUCGUUUGUCAAUGAUGAAGAGAAAAAUAUGGCUCCUACCCGCCUGUCUCUUCGGAGAAUGAAGUUGGCAGCAGUUGCUAUGCCCGUUCUUUUCGGUGGGAACGUCCAGCUAUGGGAGCGAUGGACUGCCCAUCUAGAAAAGAUCCCUGGUGGUCUGUUUGCAAUUCGUGAGGCUAUCCCAGUGCGAGACCCCAAACUUUCCAAUGAAUUUUACACUAGGAUAUUGAAAACGAUGUUUCGUCACGCGCACGAGACGAUUAGCCGUAGUUGUACAUCAGCGAGAGAACGACUCGCCGGUGAAGCUGAAAAUCAUUUUCUGUGCGCACUUCUGUGCUGGGGAACGACAAACAUUCUCCGUGUGCACGUUGAUUUGUAUAGAUACCAACGCGAUUACAACUCAUCACCUUCGACAUCGACAAUGCUCCGCGCUGUCGAGAAAGGUCUGCGUGGGAGAAGAGAACAGACAGCAGCUUCUUACUUACUGCCUACUUUUCGAUCCGCUGAACAGCCGUCGGUCGAGGCUUUGAAUGAAAUUAGCGGUUCUGGGGAAGUAUCAGACUCUCUGUAUUCGGUCGAUGAAAUGCUGUCAUAUUUGCGGUCUGGCGACGCUCAGCGGUCCGAGUCUGUCGAUAUAAAAGUUUCAGAUAUGGCUGGCACAAUAGGUAUGACAGACAAGGUUUCAAGUAUUGCGCUUGAUGCUGUGGCCAAGCUCGAUAUGAUGAAAGGCCGAUUUGAUGAUGCUCUAAGAGCAUUGUUGGAGAUUGGGGUGACCAAUUCGCAUCUAACGUUGGAAGAUGUGGAAAGAAGUGCUCUGUCAGCCUUCUCCUCGUCGAAGAAGGCCUCCAAAAGCAAAGCGACAAACAAUCACGUAUUUGUUCUGUUGGUGAUUGAAAAAUAUCAUCUGCAUCAGUGUCUUCUCGAUCCAAAGUUUUUGAGAGAGGCUUUGUCUACUUCUCCUUUGUUUGCUUUGGUUCGACUUGUUGGUCUCGAGAGACUGGGUGAUUUUCUCAUUGAACAUUGUGUUGCCCCUCAAGGAGAGAAUACUCCCCAUUCGUUGUCUCAAGUGUAUACGCCACAUUCACAGUCAGAUAAGACAAAUGGGGAACGCCGUGGUACCUUACCGCUCGACCUUGUUGCCGAGCAGCUGGAGGCAAAUCAAAAGCUGCUUUACUGGUAUUUGCACCUCGUAUUCGUAAGCAGACCAGAGCUCUACGUAAACUUUCCAAAUACAGCAAACCCGCCUCGAAAUAUUGUCAACCUUCACAGAAAAGCUGUUUCGUUGUACAUAAAGUUUGCAGGAGCCAACAGAGACUCCGCAGCCCUGCUCGAGAGCACAGAAGCAUACCGAGCAAUUGAGACAACGACUCCUUUUCUGGCGUUUUUAAGGAGCAUCCUGAGCUUAGGUGGCGUGAGUGCUAUGGAAGUUGGAAAGCUGUUGGAGAUCGAACGGAAAGGCGGCGCUGGCAAUUCGAGUACUUUCGCAUUGGAAUUGGCCUUCAUUCUUGAACAUUUCGGUGGUGGCACCGAGGCUGAAGCUAGCUUGAUUCUCGACUUGCUUCUUCGAGGCGCUAAGUCGUUGAUGCUAGCGGUGGCUUAUGCUCAGCGCAAUGCUGACCACAAUUAUUUCUUGUGGGAGAUUUUGAUUGACUUCUGUCUUGGCAAAACACCGGAUGCUGGCUAUCAAUUAAAAAACAGAAACGAUGGGGCACUCUUUGGCUCCUUGCUCGAAGCAGCGGCUCUGUCUGGCGCGGAUUUAGCUACGUUGGUUACAAAAAUUCCGCCUAGAAUGUCAAUCGAAGGUCUUCGCCCUCGGCUGGUUGCAGCGGUCGCCGACUACCGUUUGAAGCUGUCAAUGCAUGAGUGCACAUCGUCUGUGGCAUUUUCUGAGAAAGCUUCGUUAAUGAAAGAAUCUGCCCAUCGCUCGAGGAGAGGAAUGCGAGGCGAAUGGGAAGGAACUGACAUCCAGCACCCUUGAAGCAGCAAACUAAGACUGUACAAAUAUGCGCACUGCCUGCUUCUCUAAGACCUAUUCACAGAAGCGAUCAUAGAUCUCGAACUCUGUCAGUGCCCAUUCGAUAAACUGUCGCUUUCUACCCCCCAAAGAAGAGGGCAAACGCAAGAUCAAUUACGAUUAUACUUAUUAAGCUAAGGGCAGCUUGACUAACUCUC